AUGUCAACAUACGCAUCAUCAACAACAACAACAACAACAACAAUUGUAGUUAGAUCAAAUCAAACAAUAACAAAACGUCCAUUAUUAACGCCGUCCACAACAAGAAUUCUAUUUGAAAAGGACGAACAACAAUGUUUACCAUUAAAUAAUACUUUACAAAUCGAACGAAUAUGUUCAGAAACAUGUCAUACACGAAAAAUGUCAUUCAACAAUAUCAAUCAAUAUUCAAUUGAUACAUAUUAUUUACCAUUUUGUUCAAUUCCUGUAAAUCAAACAAUAGUCAAAGACAAUUAUUGUAAUGAAACAACAGAAAAUGAAUGUCAACAAACAUUAAAAAAAAUAUUACAAGACGAUGAAGAAGCUCACAAAGCUUCAGAAUUAUUUGCUACUUAUAUGCAAGCAAUAGAUUCAGCAUCAGUCGAAAAUCGUUAUUCAAUUAUACCUUCCGAUUGUCAAAAAGCUUAUAAAACAUGGGCUUGUUCAGUCAAAAUUCCAUAUUAUUAUCAAAAUCAACUUAUACGACCUUGUCAUACUAUUUGUGAUGAAGUUGAACGUGUUUGUCCUACAUUUCGACCCAGUGAUCGUGAACCAUUAUUUGCUGGACAACCAUUAUUUUUUUGUAAUGGAGGUAUUGUAGGUAAUAGUGAUUAUGGUGAACGACCAUAUUGUUUUGAUACAUGUCAUCUAUUUCAUGGUUCACUUCAACGUCCAUCUUCAUUAUUACCAUCAAUAUCAAAUAAAACUUCUUCUUCUUCUUCUUUUUCUAUACCUUCAAUAACAAAAUUUGUUGAAGAUCUUGUGACUACACCGCCAUGUUUUGAAAUCAAACCGUUACAGCCUUCUUCAUUUGAACAAACAACAUCAUCAUUAGUAAUUGUCGACGAAUCGAUAUUCGAUAAUAUAAGUAAUACAUCUCUUUCUUCAUCAGCUAUAACUAUCAUAUCGUCAUCUUGGUCAUCGUCUAUUAUUUUAACUUUUAUUCUUCGUUUUUCAAUGAAAAUUCUUAUAUGA